UCCAUAUCGGCUUUGAUUGUUUUUAUUUAAGGUUAUUUUAAAUUACAUUUUAAUAAAUAAAUCUAGAUCUAGUUAUAGAAAUAUAUCUGCUCAAUUAUACAAUUGCAUAAUAAGUUUAAUUCAGUAUGAACAUGGAUGCAGCAGUUUUGAAAAGAAAAAAAACUACAAUCAGUAAGGGAACAAUAAAAAAAACUAUAAAAAAUGUUGUUUGUCGACCUGAUGCUGUAUUUUGGCCAUCAAUAACAGAAAGUGAAGAAAAAGAAUUGGAAACUAUUUUAGAUAACUAUAAAGUGGCUAUUCCGGACUUUAAAAAGCCACAUUGGAAAGAUAUAAAAUGUUUACCUAAAUCUGAAAGACCUAAACAACCUCCUAUCAAGCGGGUCGAAGGGCUUGUUUUCGGCCUAUCUGAAUGUAGAAACUUAGUAGACAAUCAACAAUUAGCUGCUUUAAUUAUAGAAAAUGAAGUAACACCCAGAGUUAUAGUACACCCACUACUUGAAGCAUGCAAUAAAAGUUCAGUCCCUGCGGUUUGUUUAACUGGACUGAAGAAAAUUAGCUCUAGUAACUUUGGGAUAGCAACAAGCUGUUUAGGAAUCAAGCUAAAUCUUUUAAAAAAUCUAUCAAAUAGGAUUACAGAAAUAUCAAAGAAACAUAAACCCCAAGAUACAAAGGAAAAUUCUGUUAUAAAUGUUUGUAGUAUAGAAAAAGAUAAGCAAGAUAUUAACAUGAAGGAUAGCAUAGAAAAUAUUGAAACAGUUUCACUAUAUCCUUAUUUAUAUAGAACUGAUAAGAAAAGAGUAUUUAUUCCAGAAAAUGCUGAAAAGGUAGAGACAAGCAGAGACUUUAUCGGUCAAAACUUUGUUGCAUUUUCUUCCAAUAAAGUAAAAAAAGAAAAAUCAUAUAAGAAAAUGAUUGUAAAAAGAAUAUCUAACAAUCCAAACAGAGCAAAGGUAAAAUAACCAAUUACAUUGUAUAUUAAAAUAAAAGUCAUA